AUGCUAUCACAUUUGCCAAAGCUCUCGGCUCACCACCCACAGCACGAGAUUGUGAACCACACCACAGUGGAGUCAAAGUCAAGAGGGAGAAGUGACAGCCUUCUCGCUUUAGAUGCUUCCAAUGAAGUCCGGCUGAGUUCCUAUUUGUACAAAAAGUCAAAAACGAAACACAAUUACAAGAAACGGUGGUUUGUGCUACGAGAUUGCCAGUUAUCGUGGUACAAGGAUUCAAAAGAGUAUAAACCUCGCAAUGUCAUCAGCAUCAAUAAUUUGGUGAGUUUUAACAAACUAGAGAAUGAAAACUAUUUGCGAAAUAAAGGAUCGAUGCAAAAAAAGUUCAAGUUCAUCAUUUACAGCAACAAGAAGAAAUUGAAACUCUAUUGUCAAGAUGAGAAAACUUACAACGACUGGAUUCAAGCUCUGGACAAAUUACUAGAUAACACAACUACAAGCUCUGAUGAAGCAAUUGAUAACGUGCCCCUGGAAGGUUUGAAGAUAGACACCACUGAGUCUGGUGCCGGUUUCGGUCCAUGCUCUGGUGCUGACGAUUUCUUGAGUUCGGUUUCAGAUUCCCCUAAUACUCCCUAUGAAACUGCACGUUCUUUCGCCAAUCCAGAUUUGCCACGCAUCAAAGAACAUCAUGACACAGAUCUUGUGUCUGUGAAAAACGAAAUAUUCAUUCAAGAUGGAACAUUGGAAAAACAAAAAGCUUACAACCAAUGGAAAACUGUCAAGCUGGUCUUGACUAACAAGAAGCUGUCAAUGUUCAAGUCCAAGGAGGAAAAACCAUUUCAAGUUUUCAAUCUGAAUGACAUAAUUGAUAUAACCGAAUUAGAGCCAUUGAGCAAGAUCAGGAAAUGGUGUUUUUUGCUGAUAACUAGGGAAAAAAGAAUCAAGUUUUGCGCCCCAAAUGAAGAAGACUUAAUCCGAUGGUUAACUGCUGUCAAAAUGCUGGUCGCUCAACGGAAGAAAUUGGAGAAGAAGAUCAGCACGAACUAG